AUGAACAAGUCGAUGAUAUCAAAGAGAAAGAAGAAGGCAGCAGCGGUGAAAAGUGGAGCCGAACGAAGUGAACGUAAACCAAGUAAACCGACAGCAAAGAAAUCAGCUCCCCAAAGUGAACGAGCACCGAGAAGCAAGCCAAAAAGCAAUGGUACCACUUGCCGAGAGCAACAAGAACCGACGAAUAGGAAUGAGAAAAAAACGAAAAGUAAAGGAUCGACAGAGUUUUGGAGUGGAGAAGAAACUGCAAAGAAGAUGGUGGCCAGUGGAUUUUUCAAUAACAACACUAUCAAUGGAACAUUCAAAGAUCUUCCCACCACGAAACCACCUCUUGACUCUUGCCCUUGUUUCAAGAACAAUCUUCACAAAGUUCAGCGUUGUCUCGGUGGUCAUUGCCAUUAUGCCAUUGGAAUCUUCUUGGAAUCAACGGUUGCAAUGACUGCUUACACAUUGGAAAUUCUUCCUGAUGGAUGCUCGAAUUCUCUGCUCACAACUAUCUACCAUCUUCACAAUUGGAAACAGAAAAGAGCAUUGGAUAGGGUUGAAGAUUUGGUUGCAACUGUGGAAAAGGUUCUGAAGACGAAUGAGAACACAGUAUUCAUGAGUAUGAACGGAACAGGCCGGGCUGGUACAAUGUUGGCUCUUUUCACAGCGAUGCUUCAGGUGCAGAAAGGAAAAGAAGUGAAUCCAAAGGAGACGAUGGAGAAGUUGAGAGCAGAGAGAUUUGGAUUAGUGGAGACUGCUGAACAGUAUGGAACGGUUCAUAAGGCGAUGGCGUUGUGGUUCAAGAACAAAUCGACCAGUGAGGAGAUUCAGAAAAUUUGA